AUGAUGAAAACGGAGUCUUCAGGGGAAAGAUCAACCCUCCGAAGUGCCUCUCCUCACAGGAACGCUUACAGAACUGAGUUCCAGGCGCUGAAAAGCACCUUUGACAAACCGAAAUCAGACGGAGACCAAAAAACGAAAGAGGAAGGAGAGGCCUCGCAGAGCAGGGGAAGGAAAUAUGGCUCAAAUGUCAAUAGGAUUAAGAACUUAUUUAUGCAGAUGGGCAUGGAGCCCACUGAAAGUGCUGGAGUUACCCCUAAAACCAGGGGGAAGGGUGGCCCUCCAUCACCUCAAAGACGCAUUAGGCCCAAAGAAUUUGUAGAAAAAGCAGAUGGUUCAAUCGUAAAGUUGGAAUCCUCCGUCUCAGAAAGGAUUAGUAGAUUUGAUACUCUCCAUGAUGGCCCUUCCUAUUCCAAGUUUUCCGAAACUCGGAAGAUGUUUGAGCGAAACGCUCAUGAAACGGGACAUUCCAAUCGCUAUUCCCCAAAGAAAGAGAAAGUCGUUUCCAAUGAGCUCCCGGACGAAUGGUGCAGCUCCAAGUCUCACAGAGGCAGCACCGAUUCGCUGGACAGCCUCAGCCCAAGGACAGAGACCAUCUCUCCGACUGUGAGUCAGCUCAGCGCAGUUUUUGAAAACACUGACUCACACAAUGCAGUUGCUGUGGAGAAGUCGGAGAACAACGAGGAGUACUCUGUCACUGGUCACUAUCCGCUAAACCUCUCCUCCACUGUCGCAAAUAUCCCCUCCCCGGUUGCUAACAUCGAGGGUUUCAGUCCUUUGAAAGAUGCGGGCACGUGGUCCCCCCCAUCCAAACAGAGCACAGGGGUGACAGCCGCGGAGAACUCUCCGCACAACAGUGCGCCUUCAGCACCGAGACAGAAGGUGUCCACAGGCACCUUGGUGGGUUCAAAAACAACAGAAGAAAGAAGGAAGAGUGCGGAGGCAAGUCCUGAUUCUGCUGAGAGCUCUGUAGCGAGCCAGCAGGAUUUGGUCAACGUGCUUGACAGUGAGAGAUCUGCGGACAGCUGUGCUAGGAAUAAGUCAAAAACCGAGUCGGAAGUUUUGCCUCAAAAGGAACGGUCAGAACAUGCAGAGGGUAUCUGUGAGACACCCGAAGCUGCAGAAGUACCGAGAAGUGUGGUUUCAGGUGAUGAUUUUGCCACAGAUGCUGUUUCAGACCCUACUGAGUCCCAUUUUGAUGAGGCAAGUGAAAAAGAAGCGCAUGAAGAUGUGAAUAAUUUUCAGAGUUCCCAUGUGUAUAUGCACUCUGACUACAACGUGUAUCGGGUACGAUCCAGAUAUAAUUCUGACUGGGGAGAGACAGGUACUGAACAGGAUGAUCAGGAUGACAGUGAUGACAAUAACUGUUAUGAACCUGAUAUGGAAUAUUCUGAAAUUAAUGGAUUGCCAGAUGAAGAUGAAAUCCCAGCUAACAGAAAGAUACAGUUUAGCCGUGCUCCAAUUAAG